AAGCUGACCAUCAAAGAUGUCUUAUUUGCUAAAUAUAGUACUAGCUUUUGUGCUACUGCAAGCUGUGUUAUCUUUGAAUUACGUGGAAGAAGAAUGCAUCAACAGACAUACUGAUGAUGUAGACAACGACUUUCUACUCGGAACUUGGUAUACAGUUUACAGAUUUUCUAAGUCGCUAGUAAGUUCGAUUCCAACACGUGAUUGCGCCCCAAGAACGUUCACCAAACCAACUCCUGAACAACUACAGCUUUAUAUCAACUAUUACAAUUCUGAUAACCCAUACUCAUUCGACGAUAAUCCAGUAUUGGUCAAAGACACCACAUGGCUUCGUGACGGUAUGAUUAUGGGCAAAAAAGCAGCUAAGUUUUUUGUCCACAGUGCAGAAUAUAACUAUCACGACAAAUCUAUAUACGCAGUACAGAUCUAUGAAAAAAUAAAUGAUGAUUAUAUACUUUACCAACAAUGUAUGAUGCGUGGAAAUACGAAAUGGCUGCUGUCGAGAAAGAAUAGUUCAAGAUACGAAGAUGUCGCCGAAGUUUUGCAAACGAUUGAGCCUCGUAUCAGAUGGUAUGAUUCACAGAGAUUUUGCGCUGGAUGUGAGAGAUAUGGUUGCCUCGAUUAAGAGCGUUUGCUCUAAAGAGAAUCAAAUCUUUCAUGGAAUACAACUGAAACAUAUUUAAUAUAAAUUCUUAUGCGUUUUUAACCUAUCGACCUUUUCUAAUUAAUUUAAUUAUUAGAAUUUUGGUAAUAAUUUGUAUAUGGAUUACCAUCUGAAAGCAAUUGCAACGACAAAUGUAUAGAUGCAAAAUUAACUUUGUUUUUGUAUGUUUGUGAAUAAGUAACUAAAUAUUAAUUCUGAUUUUGUUUGAUUCAAUAAAAAGUA